AUGCAUAGAGCCCCAGACUUUGUGGACCCUGCAGGGCAGCCCCUGUCCCAGCCGGCCCAGUCCUGGGUGUGGCUGGUGGAUCUGGAGCGUACUGCAGGCCUGCUGGUGGGCCGCUGCCUGGGGGGCAUGCUGCAGGGAGCACCCCCCUCUCUAGAGGAACAGGAUACAGGCUACUGGCUGAAAACCCCCCUGUUCAGCAACGGGCUGGAGAUGGACAUCCCUCAACUAGAUAACUGCAUCAGCUGGCUGUUAGAGGAGGCCCUCUCAGGGAACGAGGAGCAGAAACCAGUUGACUGUCCUCUGAGAGCAGACAUGAGCGUCCUGGUGGAGCUGGCCCUGGGCUCCACGAAGGAACCCACCAACAGUCUCUGGAGCAACAUGCAGGACUCCUACGCCACCAGCAAAGACUGGGACAACGCCUCUCUCUGUAAUGAGAUCUUAUUGGACACCGUGUCCAGGUUUGUCCUGGCUGCUCUGCUGAAGCACACCGGCCUGCUGGGCCAAGCCUGUGGAGAGGGCAGGUACCAGCCUUGUAAGAUGCUGGCUGAGGUCUACCGUUGUGUCUACAAGGUCCGGAACCGCCUGCUGGCCUGUAAGAACAUGACCGUCGUCCAGACACGCUCGUCUUCCCGCGAGAGGAGGAUUUCAGACAAUCAGGACUCGCUGGAGAUGGACCCCCAGGAGCACUCGUUCACGAGGACCAUCGAUGAGGAGGCGGAGCUAGAAGAGAGGACGGACCGAGAAAGGGAGGAUGUGAAUCAGGAGCAGGAUGAGGAAGAGGAGGAGAGAGAGCACGAAGUCAUGACCGCUGGGAAAAUCUUUCAAUGUUUCCUCUCAGCGCGGGAGGCGGCGAGGACCCGAGAGAGGGAGAGGGCCAGCAGCAGCGCCGGGGGAGGCCUGACCUCAGGAGGAACCAGAGGAGGAGGGGGAG